CCGUACAGUACGUGCAUGAAUUCGAAUACGUUGCAUUUGUGUACGUUUCUGUGCGAAGUUCCGUUCAGAAAUUCUGUGACUGAAUCGGCCACUGUUUCCGGGGAAGCCUGUACAUUGGAUUGUCGUUUUAUCUAGACCAAAGUCAGUUGUUCUUCUUGAUGAUGUGAUUCUAAAAUUUACUGGAUUCUACUGCUGCUGCUGAAUUUCACGAUUGAGCAUGUCAAUGGCAUGCAUGCCUGCAUGACAAACUUGUGCAAGUGGGAGUCUGUACUGAACAGGUGAAAAUGUGCCUAAGAUAAUGGAGUAGCCUCCAAGCUCCUCCCCGUGACCCUGCCCCACCCACCAUCGUCAAGCAAUCAGCCUUACUCCUCUCUGCAUCACCGUCUCAUCCAUGGAUCCUCCUCACUGGCAGUCUGGUUCCGGAGACUCCCUUAGGUCGGUGGUGUCUGCAUCCAGCUUGCCUAUGAUGGACGAGGAUAAUAACUACAUGCAGUGUCUGUCGCAGCAACAAUUGGAAAAUAUCAGCGUGACAGACAUCCUCAAGGAAAACUACGAGCACAACGGCUUCCUCUACAAACGGGCGCAAGAGAAAGUGACCGACCAGCUCACGGAACUCAUCAGCCCGUCCCUGCUGUCCAAAUGGCAGCUCCGCUACGUCAUCCUGUACAACGAGUUUGUGUUGUACUACAAGAACGAGAAGUGUGCCCGACCCAAGGGCGUGUUUUCACUCAGGGGAUACAACAGAGUUCUCAGAGCAGAGGAUAUGACGUCAGCCAAUCAGCAGUGGGCAUUCAAAAUCAUCGGCAUGAGAUCAGACGACAGAACGUGGUACUUUGGGGCUGCAUCCGAACGUGAAAUGAAGUUAUGGAUGGCGUUUUUUAAAGUGAUGAUGGAGAGAGCGAUCCACGGCAAAGCCAGAGACAAGUCCCUGAGAAUUCUGAAGGAGCUGAAAUACCGAGAGACCAAGUUCGUGGAAGGUGGGGAGCCAGCCAGCCCCACGACUGCCGCUGCCUUUGAGCCGGGGAUCUACGAAGACAUCGAGGAGCCCUUGGAAGAAGAGGACUAUCUUCCACCGAGGCCUAACGCAUCAAUGACUAGACAGUUACCGGUACCACCUCGAAAUGAAUCUUUGGAAAGAAGAAGUCCUGUUCACAAGAGUCUGUUACCAGUCCCGCCUCCAAGACCGGAACCAGCUCGAAGAGAGUUAUCCCUCUCUGUCUGCUCUACAGCCAGCAGUGAUUACAUACAACCACCGGAAGCUGACGUGCAGCAGAUAUCGGAGUUCCGUCACCAGUAUGGAUCCCAGAACAAGGUAGCCGAAAGGACUGCUCCCAGGCUACCCAGUCGUCCGCCUGCACUGCCCCCACAGCCACCAAGUAGCAAUAAUCAGAGACAAGGCCCAGAGGGGAACAGCUUCAGGAAAAAGCCUUUUAUAGAAACACCUCUUGAGGGAGUGGAUGUUAAGGGUAUCAGAGCCGCCCUGAAGCCGGUUGUUCCUCUCAAACCCAGGAUCAACCCUAAGCCGCCGACACCGGUCAAACCAGAAAUGCCACUCAAGCCGAAGCCAGCUGAAAGGACAGUUGCUACAAAGGAAGCACAGUAUAGGCAUUCAGCAGUGCGGGAACCAGUCAUGCCGCCACAACGAGAUCUUUUGCCAGAGACGUGUCUGUUUGGCUCGUCAGACAAGCGAACAGCUGAGGGAUUGCUGUACAACUUCCGUAUGGAUGGCAUGUAUCUCAUGCGGCUGAGUGGCCAAUGUGGAGGAGACGCGGGAAAGGUUUUAAUGGUUUACAACGGGAGCCUUCAUCAGUGCAAGCAUUACAAAAUCUUCGGCAAUGGGAUCAGCAACUUCUCCCUCAACUCCCAGCCCAUAUUCGCAAACAUGCACGAAAUGUUAGAAUACUACUCAGACAAUCCGCUGCCCAACACCACCUUAAGAUUAUCAACACCGUACCCUGGCGUAGACGACAACUUGUGAAGUACUGCAAGACAGCAUCAAGGCCAGAGACCUGCCGUGUAAUAUAAGCUUAAAUGGAUGUGGAGGAAAAUCGCUGGAUUUGUGUUGAAAGCAGUCGGCAAGGGAAAUCUUCUGUCGUGGACAUCUCACUCAAAUGUCAUUGCCUUGACAGUGGAUCGUUGGAUGGUGGAUACAACAGCUGCUACUUCUUUACUGCUGCACAAGACCAUCCAAGGGUCGUAGUGACUUCCAACCUCCCCGAUCAGAAGCACGGGACCAACAAUUGCUUGGGGGCAACUGGACUAUAUCGGCUACCUGCUUUAGCCAGGUAAGCCGGGGACGACCACGAGGUCUUUUCCGGGUAGCAGAUGUUGACCAUGAUGAAACUGGACGGCAAAGCAAUUCAGGGGCCGGAUUUUGGACGCACCUCACAUGCUGAGACAACACUUCCAAUCCCUGUACGCCAAUUAACCUCCAUGUCUGCUUGACGCAAUGCAUUGCCAAUCUCCGCAUGGAGCAGACGGUCUAACUAACUUGGACCAGGAGACCAAAUUAUGGUUGACCCAACUGCAAGGUGAUAUCUGAAUCUGUCUACCCGACAAACGAAAGAAGAAGAACUUCCAUGUUGGAGAUGAAGUCAAACCAACGAAUAUGUAACACGCGAUGAAUGCAACGGCAUCCUAGACACAGUCUGGAUCUGAUGUCAAAACUCUAGACAAGGAUUGAACCAAUGUCUGCUGGAGGCAAUAUAUUGCCUCAGCUUCAGAGAGAGUAGACCCAAGGAGUCAGUGCACAAGUACCCUCCAAACAGUUUCAGAAGGAAAGCUUGGGAGACCGCUACAGAACUCCUGAGCGCAUUGCUGAUAGCAUCUGACGCUCACGCGGACUUGCUAAAGGGUUGUGCACAUUUAGAUAACAUUAAGUUUAUGGCUGUGCAUCAGAACCGCGUACUCGAGUAACCGACUGCAGAUGUCGGGAACCGGUUCCAGGUUAUGGAAUCGAGUACCCGUAACCAACGUUACAUAUUACUUAGUAACUUCUCAGACAGUGAAACGGGAAAGGUUUCGAGUGUCAUUUGUGGAAGAUUUUCAAAAUGAAAACAGGAGGAAGAUAUUUAUUUUAUAGAGACGCCUGUACAUGUUUGCUUAUCCUCGUCUUUGGAUUUCCCUGAACACUGUCAUUGUCAAAUCCUACAGAAUUCAGCUUCAAGCCCUAAACCCUUCUCCUGGCAUUACCGCCCUGCUUGGUGAAAAAAAAUAACCAUUUUUUCUUCAAAGUGUUAAGACUUGAGUGCCUUGAGAUCCACCAA